CUAAAAAUACAGAACCUGGUAUAAAAAACCACCUUUCCUUUAAGUGAGCCCACGCUACCCUCCUUUCCUUCCUAUUUGAUUCCCUUCACUACAACAACGCACCGAUCCUCCUUUUUUUCUCUAUCUCUUUUACUUAAUCAACAACAUCCACGUAAUGCUGUCUAAACUUGUUCUCGCUAUCACCCUCGGCCUUGCUGCCGUGAACGCUCAGUCGACUUUCCAAUUCCAGGAAACCUAUCCUGAAUCUUAUGUGGUGCCUACGCCCAAGCCCGAGUGGCUCGAAUUGAUCUCAAACGUCACCAUCACUGAUGCCCCUAUCAUUCAACAGAGCGCUGAUGGCGUGCUCCAGCAACCCACCGGUGUUACUGGUGAUCCCAACUGUGUUUGGACAUUCACUCAAUGUCUUCAACCUGAUGACUUGUAUACUUGUCCUCCGGGAAAAUGGAGUGUCACAUUUGACGAUGGACCUAGUGCCGAUACCCCACGCUUGUUAGAAUACCUCAAGUCCGUGAAUCAAAAGGUCACCUUCUUCAUUGUCGGUACACAAGUAAAAGAGUUCCCCCUGAUUUUGAGGGAAGCCUAUGACCAAGGUCACGAAAUUGCUAUGCACUCAUGGUCCCAUAGCUACAUGACCACGUUGACGAACGAGGAGUUGGUCGGUGAACUCAAGUGGAACGAGCAAAUUAUCAAAGAAGUUAUUGGUGUUUCGCCUAAAUACUUCAGACCACCUUUCGGCAACAUCGAUAACCGUGUCCGUGACAUCUGCAAAGCCCUCGGAUUCACUCCUGUCAUCUGGUCCACUGACACUAACGAUUGGUACUUGACUGAGCAUGCUGACACCUUCCAGGUCGACUGGAUUAAGGGUAACAUUACUGAAUGGGCCGCCACAAACACCACUACAGGCGGUAUGUCCUUGUCCCACGACUUGUACAAUGUCACUGUUGACGCUGCUAUUGAGUACAUGCCUACCUUUAUGGAAUCGUUCGAGCUCGAGACUGUCGGUCAGUGCAACAACCAACAGGCAUACAAGGAAGGCGCAGGCAAUAUCAAUGGUACCACAGCUCAGCCCAGUGCUUCAGUUUCUGCUAGCUCCUCGGCAGCAUCUUCCGACUCUACCGUUGCUGCCCAAGAUGCUGACGGAGAGAGCAGCGCAACUUGGCUCACCACAAACUCUUUCUUGGUUACUGCCAGCAUUGCAGCUAUCACGUACUUUAACAUCUAAGUUAUUGCCUCCUGCACAUAAUAGAUUCACUUGUAAUAAUUCGCUAUUUCCUCCUCCACCCAAAUAAAUUAUGUACUAUAAUAUAUAA